AUUACCUUCUCCAUCACCCACCCAGCGCGGCCUCUCUUCUAAUUUCCCGUUCAGUCGGGCCUGUUUCCUCGAGGUCCUCUGGAGCUUCUCGUUCUGAAAGAACUCCCGCAGAUUCCGUUCUCCCGAGUGCGGAUUCUUGCCCAGUUUUGCGCUCAUUAGGAUACAUUUACCCAGCAUCACUUUCGUUAAGAUGCACCACGGGCCCACUCUGCCCUUAAGUGAUAAAGUUAAGCCUUUAACUUAACCACCAUCUUGAAGCCCUGCCUCCUCCCGCACGGCUCAUCUUUCCCCAAACUUUCAAGUCCUCGAUUGAGCCACAACACCAUGGCUCCAGUACAUCGACACGCUAACGUACCUUGGAAAGAUUUGUCUCAACACAUCUCGCUUCAAUGCCAAGGCGGUCUUCGUUUUCUUGAACGAACUCGUAUCAAUUCAGACGAAAAGCGAGGGGCUAUACUCCGUGUAGUGAAUGCAGUUGUUCGUUCCAUUGAGAGUCGACUAGAGGAAAAAGGAGCACUCUUCUCGAGGCCCGAUGCAUCCCGAGAAGAACUACGGUCUGCGGGGGUCACGGUAGAUGGUAAUCUUUUCCCGCCUGAAAUCGUUAAACACGCCGAAACGAUGAGGAACCCCCCUCGCGCUCCAAUAAACCGCAUUGACGGCUGGAACUUUACCUUUGUCAGUUCAGCCCACAUCGCGGUUGUCCUACACGCAAUAUCUGAACCGGAUGAUCCAUUCACGCAUCUGCCCGCUUUAACCCAUCUCGCUCAACGACCCCGAACACAGUUUCUUGCUGUGCAGCUUGCUAACUUCAGGCUUACCGAUCCUCCGGGCUAUAUUCGUCCGCGUUCUGUCAUCGAAGAAUACAUCAGACUGACGUGCCGUCAGUACAUAUUCCUCAGUCUCCUGAUCGCUUUAGAUGAACGUGGAGACUGCUUCAAAAAUGAUGGGGUUCGAAUCAUGGAGUCCUUCCCGCGUGUGACUUCAGAAACAUUCGGGAUCGAAGGGUACCUGCCCAACCUGCUACUCAGCUCGGAUCCUUUGAACACCGACCUCUCUGAUAGAUGGUUCCCAUCAUCAGGCGACAAGCUACACAACUCGUUCUGGAGACUCACUCACGAGGAUGAUACAAGGCGGGAAUGCGUACCUGCUUUGAGAGAACAAUAUAUUCAACGUUGCUUCGACGUGAUCGCCGUGUGGUAUGCAAUUUCAAGGGAGGCUUCGAGAACGCGUGAUGCCGUCAAAUGGCAUAAUUCGCAUUACACAUUCAGCAUUACGGAUCUCUUUACUAUGGUACUGGAUGGUUUUACGAGUCUGGGAGAUGCUUUUCGUAUUCCUGGAGACCCUCUCGACGAUUUGAUCCGCCAGCACGUUCAUGUAGCCGUUCAUGAUGAAGAGGGGUUGAAAGAGGUUGCACCUGUGAGCCUGUCAUCGAGUUCCAUCCCCUCGCUCGUCAAAGGAUUCCUCGACCUUCCUGCCGAACUUCACUUUCAUAUUCUUAGCUACCUUCCGGUACAAGACCUCAUCUCCCUUUCAAUGGUCUGUCGUUCCAUUCACCUUGAGUGUGUGACGUCGAUACUUCGAGAUCCUCUAUCCGUUUUGGGCGAAUUGUCGACGGAUAGCUUUGACUCCAAAAUUUAUCGUCGUUUUCAGUCGAUGUUGGAAGCCCGACCCCACCUUCUCCAUCAUGUCCGUCGCUACACUGGUUAUUACAACUAUCUGCAGCCGCUCGAUCCUACCAAAGGUUCCGGGCGAUAUAACGAAGUGCGUCUUGCGAGAGGAGUCGACAUUAGAUCUCCACUGGCUAGCCAACUGUCUCGUUUGUGUUGGGCGGAGCUAGACUUGUGGAAUUUGGAAUACUGGAGGCAAGACCCUGAAAAGGCAAUUCAUCAUGCUUUGCAGGUCGCGAAUAAAUGCUGGCCCCAUAUUCAGAGUUUGGACAUGAAAGUCCACCAGGAAGCUCAGCCGAUAAUACCCAUUUCCGAUCUUGUUUCACAUGAACUUGCAGGGAACUGCAGAUUCGGUUGCUCGUGUGAGCCGCCAAAUUGGCGUUUGCGUCAACUGAGCAUCACAGCUCACGUCUACAGAGAUAUGUUCGGUAUGCAGCACGCUCCAACACCUCCCAUUCCCUUGUCAUCCCUUCUAGAAAUGUCUGCAGUAACAUUGACACGUCUCAAACUCGACCUACCAGCCACGGGCUUCGGGGACAUAACUAACACGCCGAACCUACCGAACCUCACCCAGCUCUCGCUCCCUUCUAAUCUACCACCUCCGGAUAUCGAAAUAUUCCUUUCACGCUGCCCCAAUUUAGCCUCCCUCGAGCUUGGGGCAUGGGACUGGUCGGAUACAAUUCCAGAUACCGCAGUUGACCUCUUUGUCUGUUCAAAGCUCGAGGACCUUCAUCUUCGCCACACUCCGUAUACGAUCAGCCGUCUUCCUGCAUCUAUACGAUGCAUCAAAGCCGAAAUGUACAGGCUGCUUCCCCUAAAACUCGAGUUAUACAAUCCUAUUCAAGCCCCGGUCUCAGCACUCGGGAUAAAGCUCGAUCUGGACACUCGCUCUCGGACCAUCGAAGGGUUGCACGAAUUCCUUAGGCCUCUUUCCAAAGAAUUCCCGAAGCUAUCCUUCCUCGAGAUGAAGAUCCAAGGAUUCUACCACGGAACAGAUGAACAAUUGAUUGCACUUGGGAAAUGCGCAUCAGCUCAGUUUCCGGUUUUGGAGACGUUGGUUGUUAAUUGGAGAGAGUUUGAGAAUAAUCCAAGGCGUAUCGACUUUCCUGCUGCAGACAGCGGGCAGCAAGAGAGGGAAGAGCAGAUUGCUCGCCGUAUGUUCGGCGAAUGCGAGACUCUCAAAGUCGUUGCACUUACUGGGGUGCCACCGCUGGUUCAAGAUAAUCCGUACGUUCAUCCACGGGUGGUGUGGGAGAAAACCGUGGAUGGGGAAGGGAAUGUGAACGCGAUGAGAACGGGAAGAUCGGCGAUACGAUGGCUCAUGGACUUUGACGAGACUAGUACAUAGUCAACUUUGAAAAGGUUAAGCUUUGUAUAUUUUGUCGGAAUGCUGUAUUUCUAGGACUGUACAUGGACAGUUUAACUCGUGUAACGACGUAACGACUAUCUAGGGC